CUUGCAUAUACUCUCUCCUUCUUAUCUUCUUCAUCAACACCAUUGAGCACAAAGAAUGUGAUGAUGUGAAAAAUAUUAAAACCCCUUCAUGCAAAAAUUUACCGUACAUAAUGACAGCCUCCUCUUCCUCGCCGUCGUGGCAUUUUCCGGCCACCGCAGUCGACGAGUGCUACCAACGUUACGUUAAUUCCAAUCCAUUUGUUCAUACCGGCCUCGUGUUUUCCGAUCAAGUCCCCGGAGUCUUUCCGGCCGCUUAUGGCAAGACGGCCAUCUCGGGUCUUGAAAUUCCAAAAACACCCUCGUUGUUCCACUUGCCCCUGCAUGGGCAAGAUGGUCAUUUCACUUAUCCUUGGCUGAAAAUGGAUCAAAGUUGCUUGACAAAUUACUACUCUUCUAAAGGUUUUAGUGAUUUCUGGCUGAGCAACACCACAGCUCAGCCAGUUGUUAAAGACCAGCAGAAAAGGACCACUGAUGAUAAGGAGUCCUUUUCUGCAGGGCAGUCUCCGGGGAAACUUUUCCGGGGAGUCAGGCAGAGGCAUUGGGGGAAGUGGGUGGCGGAGAUACGGCUGCCGCGGAACCGGACGAGGGUGUGGCUGGGGACGUUCGACACCGCGGAAGAGGCGGCACUGGCCUACGACACGGCGGCGUACAUGCUGAGAGGGGACUACGCCAACCUCAACUUCCCGGAUCUCAAGCACCGGCUCAUGGACAACUCCGCCAGCCGCGGUGGGGCCACGGCGGCCCUCAUCGAGGCAAAACUUCGGGCGAUAUCGGAAGGGGCGGCCGCCCGGAAUAGUGCCGGUGGGAGAGGCGGUUGUAAGGAAAUGAAGAGUGAGAGUCCUCCGCGUUCGCAGAAUCUGGUGAAGAGAAGGAGGACAGAAGGGGCGGCGCCGCCGCGGCCGGAAAAUGAGGGUGUUGUUCAGCUGAACACUAUUCCGUCGUUGGAUAUGGACACAAUCUGGGAUGAACUGUUAGUAUCUGAUUCAUGACUUUGAUUAUAUCAAGAUGAUAGUUAAUUAAUUACUCCAUAUAACUUCAGUUAUUGAGUAUUUAUCCACGAAUAUAUAUUGUAUAUUAAUUAGAUUAAAUAAUAUUUUGAAAAUGUUUCACAUAAUAAAUCUAAUAAAACUAUUUUUGUAUCAAUAUCUAAUAUUAUUUGUAUUUAGUUUAAGGUCAAAAAAUUUACCAAUCUUGACUAAAAAGUCAAAAGUGGAUAAAUAUUCCGUCCAAGAGUAUUUUCUUAUUAUUCUUCCUUUCUUUUUUAAAGUUUCUUUUUCUUUUGAAUUCUUCAAACAAUAAAAGAUUGUGCUGUAU